CAAACAUCCUCCUCCAUCGCGAAUAAACGGAGCUCGACUGAAAUUAGUGCACGGGCUUUGAGAUUCGUUGUAUUCACAGACCGAGCAUAGAGAACUGCUUCAAACAAGAUAAAGAUGCCCUGCCAACCAGCCCAGUGACUCCAAGGAAAGUCUACAACAUUUGCAAUCUCCAUGAUGAACACCUCACAGACCACAACUCUUCCCCUCCCUCUUUGGGCCUUCCAUGUUAACUCUAGCCUUGUCUCCUACCCCCUCAAUGCCACGGAGAGCCCAUUCCAUGCUAAGCCGAAAGCAUGCGAGCAGCUCAACAUCGCAACCGAGGUCUUCCUCAUCCUUGGCAUCGUAAGCCUGCUGGAGAACAUCCUGGUCAUCUGCGCCAUUGUGAAAAACAAGAACCUGCAUUCGCCCAUGUACUUCUUUGUCUGCAGCUUGGCUGUGGCUGACAUGCUGGUGAGCGUCUCCAAUGCCUGGGAGACCAUCGUCAUCUACUUGCUCACCAACCGACAGCUGGUGGUGGAUGACCAUUUUAUCAGGCAGAUGGAUAAUGUGUUUGACUCCAUGAUCUGCAUCUCAGUGGUGGCCUCCAUGUGUAGCCUUCUAGCUAUAGCUGUAGAUCGCUACGUUACGAUUUUCUAUGCUCUACGAUACCACAACAUCAUGACGGUGCGAAGGGCCGCCUUCAUCAUUGGAGGCAUCUGGACCUUCUGCACAGGCUGCGGAACUGUGUUCAUAAUCUAUUCCGACAGCACAUCCGUCAUUGUGUGUUUGGUCUCCAUGUUCUUUAUCAUGCUUGUGCUCAUGGCUUCGCUCUACAGCCACAUGUUCAUGCUGGCCAGAUCUCAUGUCAAGCGCAUCGCCGCCCUGUCUGGCUACAACUCCAUCCACCAGAGGGCGAGUAUGAAGGCGGCCAUCACUCUAACCAUUCUCCUGGGCAUCUUCAUUGUCUGCUGGGCUCCAUUCUUCCUACACCUCAUACUCAUGAUCUCAUGUCCCAGAAAUCUCUACUGCAUGUGCUUCAUGUCUCACUUCAACAUGUACCUCAUCCUGAUCAUGUGCAACUCCGUCAUCGACCCACUCAUCUAUGCUUUCAGAAGUCAGGAGAUGCGGAAGACCCUCAAGGAGAUAAUCUGCUGCUACAGCCUGAGGAACAUCUUUGGAAUGUCUAGGUAACAUCAAACCAAAGCGAGAAACAUGAGACAAGAAGAACUGGGAGAAUCUUUCAUUUGAUAAUUUCUUAAGAGCUGAAUG